GGAGGAUCGCUGCUGCUGGGUGUCAGGGCAGCAGAGUAGCUCUCGGAAGGGACGCACUUCAGGGCUGAGAACAGGGACCGGCUGUGGCAGAGCUUGAAGCGUGCGUUUUAAGGGGCGGAGGGGGGGUCCACGCACGGAACUGGCUACCGCUGCUGGCCGGGAGGGUGAAGGAGGCAAAAAGACUCAUCACGGGCCGGGGACGCCCCACAGAAAGGGAGCGUCUCACGGGGCCGGCCUUGCGGGGAGCAGCUCUGAGGCAGGGUACCCGGGGAAGGCGGCCCGCAGGGCGCGGCUCGCCCCGCCCGCGUGGGGCGCUAAGGGAGAGGGGCGCGUGCGUCGGGCCCCAGCCUUAGACCCGCCCCUCGCUGUGAGUCCCGCCCCCCCCCCCGCGGUUCUGUCACUUCCUGCUCCCGUCCGGCCGUCUGUGUCCGGGUCGCGCUGCCGGGUCCCUUCUUACCCGCCCGUAGCGGGACACGCACUUUCCCUGCCGGGGCAGAAGCGGCCGCCAGCGGGCGGCGUGUGCGGGGAGGGGAACACGGGGCUCCUCUCCUCGUCCCCAGGAGGCGCCUGGGGCUGUGCCCUGGGGGGAGGCGCCUGAGGGCCCCGGCUGCCUGCAGCGGGGCGGCCCCUCCCGCUCCCCGAGGCAGGAAGAUGCCGGUGAAGAAGAAGAGAAAAUCCGCGGCGGCGGCGGCAGCGGACGAGACCGGCCUCAAGAAAUGCAAACUGGGCAGCUAUUGCAGAUCGCAAGCCUCUGGUAAAGUGAUAAGUGGAGAGGAGCAUUUUUCAAGCAAGAAGUGCCUGGCUUGGUUUUAUGAAUAUGCAGGUCCUGAUGAAGUUGUAGGGCCAGAGGGAAUGGAAAAGUUCUGUGAAGACAUUGGUGUUGAACCUGAGAACAUUAUUAUGUUAGUUUUAGCCUGGAAAUUAGAGGCUGAAAGCAUGGGAUUUUUUACCAAGGAAGAAUGGUUAAAGGGGAUGACCUCGUUACAGUGUGACUGCACAGAAAAGUUACAGAGUAAGUUUGAUUUUUUGCGGUCACAACUGAAUGACAUUUCAUCCUUUAAGAAUAUCUACAGAUAUGCCUUUGAUUUUGCAAGGGAUAAAGACCAGCGAAGUCUUGAUAUUGAUACUGCAAAAUCUAUGUUAGCACUUCUGCUUGGAAGAACAUGGCCACUGUUCUCAGUAUUUUAUCAGUACUUGGAGCAAUCAAAGUAUAGAGUUAUGAACAAGGAUCAGUGGUACAAUGUGUUAGAAUUCAGCAGAACUGUGCAUGCAGAUCUUAGCAACUACGAUGAAGAUGGUGCAUGGCCUGUUCUCCUUGAUGAAUUUGUUGAGUGGCAAAAAGUUCGUCAAGUGUCAUAGCAAGAACUUGGAAGAAAAUGCAGAAUUUUUUGAUGCCCACCUCUAUACAAACUAAUGAGACAAAACCAAGGGUUGCAUUUUCAUGCUUAUGAAAGACUUUACAGUGAUUUUCUUUUCCUUUUUUUUUAAAGGAAGUUUUCUUGUUACAUGUGAUAUGGGCAUUGAACCACACCUCUCCUGAGACUGAAAGUUGGAGUUUGUUUUUGAGUCUUGUGUUUAUAGCAUUUAUUUCAGAACAAUAAAGAUCCAGAUUUGUGACAAAGGCCUAAAAGUGAAGGAUGUCCCUUGAGUGUGAGUGUGGUGUCUAUUUUUGAAAUUCAAAACUUUUAAGAUUUUUCUUUCUCAGAAAUGCCCUUUGCUAUGAGUUGUGUGGGGUUUUUUUAAAUGUGCUUAACUGGCACUGUAGUUUGCUGAUGGUAUGAUUGUCUUGUGCGAUACAAGUUAGAAGGAAUGACUGUUGAUCUUAAGCUCCGGGUGGUAUUUUAUUAGUUGCAUACUAGUAUCAGACAUGGGUUGUGCCACAAAUUCAUCUCCAGGUGGAGACAAAGGCCUUAAAAAUUCAUUUUUCUCCGCUACUCAGUCAGGGCUGUAUCAUUUAAAGGCAUGGCCAUUUU